UUUGUGCACCAGUUAAAAGAUAUCACAGGGAGCUGUGGAGAUUUAAUAGUUAUCCAGGUUCCGGGGCCGCGCACUGUUUUCGGGAGGAGUUGCAUAAGAUAUCUGUGAUAUUGCCCCACGGUGUGUAAGGCCGCCGGUGAGCGGAGGGGAACAUAUGACGGACACGCGUGACGUGGGGCAUAGCUGCGGGUCGGCGAGCUUCGGUGGGGGGAAAUCACGGGGUACGUCAGCUCUGGGGCCGAAUUAUUACCUCAGGACUGGUCUGGCUCAGAGUUAACGGGGGCUUUACCGUUUAACUACCCCUGUGGGUUCUGUUUUUGUUGGGUCCUGUUCUGUGGUGCAGAUAGGACAGGGUAGUUACCCCCGGGCUGGGCUGACUGAAGUUGUGGGCAUCCGAGUUACUUCCUUGUAGGAGUUUGGCUCAGUGCCAGCCAUUUGGAUUUUACCAGCUCACUGCCAGCCAUGGAGGGUCCUGAGGUGGGAGAGGGGGAUAAUGUCCUCAAUAUGUCCCGCCUGGGCCUGGAGAGCCUAACUCUGGAUCAGGUCAGUGAGGACAAGAGGAAGGAGGUCCAGCAACUUCUCCUGCCCCAGAACCGCAUGGUGGUCCUGCCCCCCGGCCUGGGCACCUUCUCCCAGCUAUUGCUACUGGACGUGAGUAACAACAACCUGGCCUACAUAGGGGAGGAAAUACUGGGGCUCACCAAGCUCAGGACCCUGCUGGCCAAGAACAACCGCCUGGAUGAGUUCUCCUUGCCCAAAGAGUUAGGCACCAUGAGGAACCUGGAGGUGCUGAACCUGAGUGGCAACCAGUUUGAGGAGAUCCCCAGCCAGGUGCUACAGCUGCAGACCCUCAAGACCCUUUCAAUGGGGGGCAACAGGCUGAAGAGCAUCCCAGCUGACAUAGAUAACAUGAUCAGCCUAGAAUUCCUGUACCUGGGUGGUAACUUUAUCACCUCGAUUCCUCCAGAACUGGCCAACCUGCCAUACCUCAGCUACCUGGUGCUGUGUGAUAACAGAAUACAUAGUGUGCCCCCGCAGCUUGCACAAAUUCAUUCAAUGCGGUCACUCAGCUUGCACAACAACCUCCUGACCUACCUCCCUCGUGAGAUCCUCAGCUUGGUGCACCUGCAGGAACUCAGUCUGCGUGGGAAUCCCUUGGUGGUGAGAUUUGUACGUGACCUGAUUUACACGCCACCCACUCUGCUGGAA